CAUCCUUGAUCUUCCUGCUGAUGAUCCCUUUGCUCCCAAGGGCACAUGCAUGAUGAUGGCUGAUCAGGCUGCGAAACCUCCUCCCUGGCCCGGAACCACAAUAUCCCAGCUCCCCCUAGAGGGUGGUUGGAGCAGUGAGACAUAAUAAAACAGACCAACGACGCCACGCACUAUACAUCACCGCCCUCCCUUCCAUCGGAAUGGUCUUCUUUUUCUUUCUUUUGAAUGUGUGGUGCUAGGCCAAAGGGGAAGGUCUCACCGAGCUGGCUGUCUUUCUGGGGGAACACAAGAGUGUGCUCACCUCUUCGGGGCAAUUCGCAUGGAAAAAGGGGAGGAGGGGGGGGGGGGGGAGAGAAGAGACAAUACAAGGUAUGCAUCAUCUGAGGCAGGGAGAACGAGGGCGGGCGCCUAAGUGCAUGGCUGGGCUGCGAAAAAAAGCAUCAUCGCUCCUGCCAUUUUGCCCCCUUCCAACAUCUCGCUUGCUCGGUGACCCACUCUGGUCGCCUUGCCUUUCAACUCAGCGUCUAAUCCGAUGCGACGUAACUUGGGACGCCUCCUGGUGGGAAAGAGGGACACCCCGCAGUCGGCGUCACGCAUAACGCACGUACACGCGAUGCAACAACAACCACAAGCAAUCACCUCCAGGCAAGGCGGGCGCCUUCUCACAACGAGAAACACGAGCUCCGGGUCAUCGUCUGGUCCAGAGACCAGUCGCGUUUGUCCUCUUCCUCGUCCUCUUUCCUCUUCUUCUCGUUCUAGCCAGUCCCCCCUCCCUCUGGCUCCUCUUUUGUUGGGGGAAAAGACAGACCACUCACUCUACCGUCGAUCAAGAGCAGCAACAAUAAGUGGUAACGCCGACGGCAGUGGUGACACCAACCAAGACAAGCAAGACAACAACAACGCUGACAACAUUCACCACAACGGAAUACAAGACAACGUUGACAACAAGACUGUCAACCACUCUUUUCACCAACACCACAACAACAACAACAACAACAACAUCGUCCUCUUCUUCACCUUAACCCACAUCCUGUAUUAGCAAUGGCCGGCCCCUCCAACACCACCAAUACCACCACCACCAUCACCAACUCUGCCACUGUCUAUGCCAUGCCCGCCUCUACUCUUGUCAUUGGAUUUACCUCCUCCAGCGUUUGCUACGAUACAGAUCCUCCAGGGUCAUCUCCAGAGGAGCAGCAGCAGCAGCAGCAGCAGCAGCAGCAGCAGCCGCAGCCAGGCGUCACCAACCUGCGGUGGUUCCUCCAGCACCGACAUCAUCCCCCCAACAACAGUGGCAGCAACAACAACAACAACAACGACGACGACAGCAACAACAACAACAACAACCCCCCCCCUAACACAACUCCAUUCCCCACCAGUCCCGCAGCAAACAAUAGCAGCAGCAGCAGCAGCAGCAGCAGCAGCAGCAGCAGCAGCAGCGACAGCAGCGACGACAACAACAACAACAACAACAACGCCCCUCAGCACCCUAACACAACUCCAUUCCCCACCAGUCCCCCAGCAAGCAGCAGCAGCAGCAGCAGCAGCAGCAGCAGCAGCAGCAGCGACAGCGGCGACUCAUCUGGUCCUGCGCCGGACGUGCCACCUCACCCGGAGCAAUUGUUUGGAUCGUCUUUCCAGCAAGGUUCUUCCUCCCGGGUUCAUGGGGGCGUGGAUGCCAUGCAGCAGACAGACGACGCCUUCUCCCCCGCCUCCCUCCCCUUCAAGUUCUUGAAUUGGGUCCGUCGUUGUCGUUAAAUUGCUUGUCAUUGAUGACAGAUGAUGAUGAAUUUCUUGCCCUUGACUUCUCCUUCAAAUGUUUUCAAAUUUCCCAUGGAUUGAUUGGUCUUGACGCGGAUGGUGAAGUGUCUGAUAUCGGUGCCUCAUUUAUGGCCAUGUUAUCUUCACUUGGAUCUCCUUCAUUCCUUGGACAGAUUUGUUGUCUCGAGGGGAUCACCCGUCUCGGCCGAUCACCUUUAAUGCUAGGGAGGACGGUCAAGUUCCGCGGAAAGGUAUGAUGGUCGGUCAGCUUGGACCAGAGAGCGAGGGCGGGCUUGGUUGAUCAAGUUGACUCGGGAGCCUCCCUCAAUCCCCUCCGGGUGCACACUUGAACAGAGAGUUCCUAGCUCAAGGUGACUUUGUUUGCAUUUGGCGUUCGUUCUUUUUAUAGUAUUCUCUUUGUCCGUGUGUCUCUGUUGGCCCUAUCUGCCCUGCGUUGGGAUUGCUGGCGUCCGAGGCAAGAGGAUCGAUGCCUUGGGGGGGUAGUAGAGUCAUUGAAGGUACCAAAAUUGGAAUGCCACGUAUUGUUAGCUAUGAAUUCAUGACCAACGAG